GCCAAAAAUGUCAACGCAUCCUCGCGACGAAUCCGACGCCGCCGCCGCCGCUCCGGCCGCCAAGCGCUCCCGCCUGGAGAGUGUCGAUGAGUUCUAUGAGACUGCCGUGGCCGUGGCCCGUGAGGCUGGCGCAACCAUCCGCGCCGCGUUUGACAAGAACAAGUCGGUCAUGCUCAAAUCCGCGUCGACCGAUCUCGUCACGGAGACCGAUCAGAAGGUCGAAGCGUUCAUCAUCAACUCGUUCAAGGACAAGUUCCCGAGCCACAAGUUUAUUGGCGAAGAAUCGGUCGCUGCGGGUAUUCAGUGCGAACUGACGGACGAUCCGACGUGGAUUAUCGAUCCGCUCGAUGGAACGACCAACUUUGUGCAUCGCUUCCCGUUCGUCGCCGUGUCCAUCGCACUGGUCAUCGACAAGGCGCCAGUCAUCGGAAUUGUCUACAACUGCAUCCUGGACGAGAUGUACACGGCAGUUCGUGGACGUGGUGCGUUCAAGAAUGGAGUGCAAAUCACCACUUCGCAACAGACUGCAGUCAACACUGCAUUGAUUGGCACCGAGUUUGGCAGCAACCGCAAGGACGAGGUUCUCGCCACCAUUCUCGAAAACAUGCGCUCGCUUGCUGGCGAGCCCAACGCCGCUCACUCGAUUCGCUGUCUGGGCUCGGCUGCGCUCAACCUGUGCGCUGUUGCGUCGGGUGCAAUGGACGCCUACUUUGAGUUUGGCAUUCACGUUUGGGACAUUGCUGCCGGCAUUCUCAUUCUCCAAGAGGCCAACGGCGUUGUUCGCAACCCGGACGGCACCGAAUUGGACAUUAUGGCUCGUCGAAUUCUGGGCGCGUGCACGCCGCAGCUUGCCGACGAGAUUACCUCGCGGAUUAAAAACAUUGUGACCCCGCGCGAUUAAGGUGUCGAACUGUUUUUGUCAAAAGAAUGAACCACUUUUCCUUGCA